CAACACGUAUAUGGAUUUGGAAAUGAUGUUUGCCUGUGCUUCCAACCCUGCAGUGAAGAAGAGCUUGAAAACAUUAAGCAAGCGGAGGAUAAUAAUGCUGCGGAAGGAGCUCCAUCCGACGCAGUGACAAACCACACCGGAGAAUCUUCGGUUUCAGCGCACUCUGCGGCUUCAAACAACCUCGAUUCUGAGAAACCUGAGGAGAAAGAGGAGGAGGAGGAGGAGGAGGAGGAGGAGGAAGAGGAAAGGGAUAAGUCUACCAUACUCCCUGAUUCGUGCAACGAUUUGCCCAAUCCAUAUUCGCUGCUCAAUUUGGCCAAAGCAGGUCGUCACUUUGAGGCCACCGCCUCAUCUUACGCCAACACCGGAGAGCCAGAUGGCCGAGCAAUAAUCACACCCGGCAAGUCACAGCCCGCAUGCCGCUCAACAGACCAGCAACACUAA